CUUAAGAGUCGUGAGCCUGAAAUAACCCUCAGGUCCACCGCAGACAUGGCUGACAGCUUGAGUAAAGUCCCCGAGGUGGAGAUCGACUCGGAGGGGAAAUUUAAAUACAUUUUAGUGAGACUAAAGGUUAAAGGUGGAACCGACCACAAAGACAUAGUGAGAGGCACAAAGACUGCUGAGUACCACAAUCACAUCUUUGAAAAGUUGAGUCCUGCUAUGGAUGGUCUAGGUCUGGAGUGUACCUGCCUUGGUGGGGGAAAGAUAGAGCACGACAGCGACAAGAAGAAACUAAGAGUGUUUGGAGAGUCUACGGGCUAUGGAAAGGCUGAUCAUGCUGUGACCGUGGAAAAACUGAGAGCUGUCUUCAAAGACUACGAGAUCACGAUAGAAUGAAUGAAUAAAAGGAAAAAAUGGCAGUAAGAUUUGUUUGAAAUCUAUGUACAAAUAGCUGUCUUUCAGUAUUGACACUGGUACAUGUGGUCAUUUCUAAAGGAAACAUUUUCUCAGCUCAUGGCAAAUAAAUAUACUAAAACUA